AAGAGUGCUCAGAGUUAAGAGUAAACAGUAUUGUCUUAAUAUCCACACUUUAAAUUUUAUGUCCAAAAAUCAAUUUCUCGUUAGGGAAUAUCACAAAAUUACCAGGUAUAAUUCAAACCUCCCCAAACAAGAUAUAAAAUUACAGAAGCUCAGAGGCUCAGUGCCAAAAUGGUCAAGGUACCGGCUAUUGGCAUCGAUUUGGGGACCACCUAUUCCUGCGUGGGCGUGUGGCAGAACAACAAGGUGGAGAUCAUUGCCAAUGACCAGGGCAACCGGACCACGCCCUCCUAUGUGGCAUUCAAUGACACGGAGCGCCUUAUAGGAGAUGCGGCCAAGAAUCAAGUGGCCAUGAAUGCCAAGAACACGGUGUUUGAUGCCAAACGUUUGAUUGGCCGCAAGUUCGACGACCCUAAGAUCCAGGAGGACCUGAAGCACUGGCCCUUUAAGGUGAUAAACGACAAGGGCAAGCCCAAAAUCGAGGUGGAAUUCAAGCGGGAACGCAAACGCUUCGCUCCGGAGGAGAUCAGUUCGAUGGUGCUGACUAAGAUGCGCGAGAUCGCCGAACUGUAUUUGGGCGGAAAGGUGAAGGACGCCGUGAUCACGGUGCCGGCUUAUUUCAACGACAGCCAGAGGCAGGCCACCAAGGAUGCGGGCUCCAUUGCAGGGCUUAAUGUGCUGAGAAUCAUCAAUGAACCCACGGCUGCUGCCUUGGCCUACGGACUCGAUAAGAACCUCAAGGGAGAGCGCAAUGUACUCAUCUUCGACCUGGGUGGCGGCACUUUCGAUGUCUCCAUUCUGACCAUCGAUGAAGGCUCCCUGUUUGAGGUGAAGGCCACGGCUGGAGACACCCACUUGGGUGGCGAGGACUUUGAUAACCGAAUGGUGAACCAUUUUGCGACGGAGUUUAAGCGCAAGCAUAACGCCGAUAUCAAGGGCAAUGCCAGGGCUUUGAGGCGUCUGCGGACAGCUUGUGAAAGGGCCAAGAGGACCUUGUCAUCCAGCACAGAGGCUUCCCUGGAGAUUGAUGCUCUGCACGAGGGCGUUGAUUUCUAUUCGAAGAUAUCGCGUGCCCGCUUCGAGGAGCUGAACAUGGACCUCUUCCGGUCCACUAUGCAGCCGGUGGAGCGAGCCUUGAGCGAUGCCAAAAUGGACAAGAAGGACAUCAACGACGUGGUUCUGGUGGGCGGCUCCACGCGAAUCCCAAAGAUACAAAAACUUUUGCAGGAUUUCUUUAAUGGCAAAACUUUGAAUCUCUCCAUCAAUCCUGAUGAAGCGGUGGCCUACGGAGCGGCAGUUCAGUCUGCUAUUCUCUCUGGCGUGGGCAGCUCUAAGAUCCAGGACCUGCUUCUGGUGGAUGUGACUCCCUUGUCGCUGGGAAUUGAAACCGCCGGCGGAGUGAUGACUAAUUUGGUGGCCCGCAACGCUAGGAUUCCCUGUAAGCAUCAGCAGAUCUUCACCACCUACAGUGACAACCAAAAUGCGGUGACCAUUCAGGUCUACGAGGGCGAGCGAGCAAUGACGAAUGAUAACAAUCUGCUGGGCACGUUUAAUCUUACUGGGAUUCCCCCUUCACCCCGGGGUGUGCCCCAGAUCGAAGUCACUUUCGAUCUGAACACCGAUGGCAUCCUGCAUGUGACUGCAAAGGAUAAUAGCACCGGGAAGUCCGAGAAGAUCACAAUCACCAAUGACAAGGGAAGGCUGUCCAAGUCGGAAAUAGAUCGCAUGCUCUCCGAUGCCGAGAAGUACAAGGUGGAGGACAAUCGCCAGCGGGAAAGAGUUCAGGCCAGGAACAACCUCGAAGGAUAUAUUUACGCCUGUCGCCAGGCCGUGGAUGAGGCACCAGCCGGAGUCCUGACCGAGGCCGAAUGCUCCAAAGUGCGCGAGAAAUGUGCCACCGAAUCAUCGUGGCUGGAUAAGAACUCUCUGGCCAAGAAGGAGCUCUAUGAUCAGCAUCUGCAGGAGUGCCAGCGCGUGUGCAGUCCCGUAAUGUUAAAAAUCCAUGGCGGAGCCGGACAGAAACCCAAGAAAUCUGGUAGUGCCACCAAAUCACGUCCCACCGCGAAUAAGGUGAAGUAGUGACCUGUGACCAUUUUUUUAGUCUUUGAAACUAUGUAUUUUAGUAUGAAUUUUCGGUAAUAAAUGAAAUCAUUUUUGUGGUUUUACUGCUUGA